UAGGUCUGUUACUGAUGCAUGAUGUUUUUUUGGUGUGCGCCAUCUUCAAAGCAUGCAGAUGCAGCAUGGCUGAAAUGGAAAAGCUUGAGAAUUUUUUGAGUACUAAUAAGAAGAACCAACUAAAAUGGAGCGGAAACUCCGAUAAACUAAAAGACUUCCUAGUGCACUUGAUGGAGGAAGGAAGUAACGAAAAACUAGUAAGCGUAACCCAAAUCGGGACGACAAGUGCACUAAAAUUCGAAUCGGUGACCGUUAACUUUUACUUGAGCACGAACACGCUGCAGGUGCAAGGUGCGGGAAAAGACGUUUAUAUAAGUAAACUCACUACUCUAGCUACUAAAAGCAGUAGUAACGCCAUGAAUGAGAUACAAACUGGAGCGAAAGAACAAUCAGCGGCUGGAUCGAUCGAGAAGGAAAACAAGAAGGAAGAGCAGGUGGUGCACGAUGCUCGGUAUGAGGAGAUCGAGGCCUUCAUGGCGACUUAAAGAGUGUUUAACGCUAAAAUUGAAGAUAAAGUCACAAAGAAUACCAUCGAGAUCGGAGAGCAAAGCAUAGAAAUAGAAGACUGGAAACAGAAGACAAAACACGGAAUCUCCGAUGCUAAAAGGGAAUGUGAAUGUAAGAUUGAAAUGCUACGGUCCGAAUUAAGCGCUAGCAUCAAUGAUGUUGCGAAAAAAAUAUGAAGCCUGACAAGUAAAGUGACAAGUGAAUUUAAACUGAUAAAAAACAAAUCGACGUCAGCGGCAGAGACUAUUCUGAAGAUACUGGGAGAGCUGGGAGAAAUUAAAGAGCAACUCGUGAAUACAGAACAAUCACUCACAUCACGGAUCACCAAAUCGCCCUGUCUUAACCAGACCGAGGGCUCCACGAUAGAAGUGACCAGCCCGCAAGACAUGAACAGUCAUAAAGAUAGCCAGAGAAUUAGUAAGGACGACAGUUGGGGACAAAUCACAUACACAGUCUAUACUAAAAACCGUUUUGAAACGCUCCAGGACGAGGUGCAGCCAGGUGUACCACAAAGCCGCGGUAAAAGAGCCAGUGAGACCUGGAAUAUUCGCUCGCUUGGAUACCGAAUCUCGAAAGAACCAAACAAUCAUUCUUUAAGAGAUACUCUGAAUCGGAAAAGGAGAAUCUUUAAAAAAAUGUGCAAAAGAAAAAAAGAAAAUCAUUACGCGAACAUAAUCAAUAAUAUCGACUUUAGAAAUUCUAAGUCUUUAUGGAGACAGUUGAAAAACUGUUUCCACAUCGGUAAGUCAACAAAAGCGUCCCCAAUUGAGACUGAAAAUGCGGGAAAAUUUUUUCAGCACUUCAAAAAUUUGAAUGCAACAAAUGAAGCACAGCCCAAGCAAAACGGACGAAUAGAUCAUGGGAACUAUCGGGAGGGGCCCCUGGACUACUGAAUAAGCGAGGAAGAAAUUAUAAAAGCCAUAGAAAAACUAAAAUCUGGGAAGGCACCAGGCGCAGACAACAUAUUGAACGAAUUUCUAAAGUGCAGCAAAACGAUCUUGAAAAGUUAUCUCGUUAACCUUUUCAACAAAAUAUUAAACUCUGGGGUUUACCCCACAAUGUGGAGUUAGGGUUUUAUAGACCCGAUUCAUAAGAAGGAAGAUCCAUCGAAACCUGAAAAAUACAGGGGCGUAACACUUUUGUCAACGUUAGGCAAAGUUUUUAUGUCAAUCAUGAACGAAAGAUUAUACAAUUACCUAACGGAGAAGGGCAUUUUGAAAACAGAACAAUGUGGUUUUAGGAAAGAGCAAGGACCAAUAGACAGCAUUUUCGCUCUAAAGUCACUAAUUGACAAGCAUGUCAAAGCGAAACCCAAAAAAACAAACAAUUUCCUGUUUGCGUGCUACGUGGACUUUAGUAAAGCAUUCGACUGCGUCCCUAGGGCGAAACUAUUUGAAAAACUGAAAGCAGUAGGUGUUACGGGGCGUUUCCUCGACAUAAUCCAAUCAAUGUACUCAAAUGACAAGUCUUCCGUAAAAAUUGGAAGCUCCAUAACUGAAUCAUUUCGAUGCUACGCAGGCGUGAAACAAGGCUGUAUGAUUUCGCCAACAUUGUUUAAUUUUUACUUGAGCGACCUCCCAGAAAAACUAAAUGAAAAAUACCGAAAUGAUAUUGACCUAAACGGUGUGCCAUUAAGUUGCAUUCUCUAUGCCGACGACUUAGUUAUCCUAUCAAAAUCAGCAAAGGGCCUGCAAGAAUAUCUGAACAGCCUCGAAGAAUAUUGCAAAGCAUCCGAACUAUCCAUCAAUCUAGAUAAAACAAAAGUGAUGAUUUUUAAUAACACCGGGAAAACUAUGAAUAAUUACAGAAUCUUUUACGGAACCAAGUUUCUAAAAUGGCUUCUCGGCGUAAACCGAUACUGUAGCUCGAACGCAUGUAGGGCUGAAUUAGGACGAUUCCCUCUCAGAACAAAAGCAAAGUGUAGAGCGAUCAAACUUUGGCUUAAACUUUCAAACAACAAUGGGAAUAACGAAAAACUCUCCCGCAAAGCAUUCGCUACCAUAUCUAAUUAUGAAAACAAGAACUUUUGGCAUAGAAAAAUUAAACAAAUACUAGACCUUGCGGGUAGGAGCGAUAUUUGGCUGACUGACACAAACACUCCUGAAGCAACUUACAGUUUUCUUCAACAAAGGCUUUAUGACAUUGAACAACAGACAUGGCUUAGCUCUAUUCAAAAUGACAACAGAAAAGACCAAGAACAAAAGAACAAAUUGCGUACGCUCAGAAAGUUUAAACUGUCCCACAAUUUAGAAGAUUAUCUAACGGACGUAAAAAAUAUUGACCAUAGGAUUGCCCUUACUAAAUUCAGGCUAAGCAAUCAUAAGCUAGCAAUUGAAACUGGAAGGUAUGAAAAGCCAUAUAAAAAACCUAACGAAAGAAAAUGCUUAGUAUGCCAGACAGGUAAAGUGGAGGAUGAAGAGCAUUUUCUGUUAGAAUGUCCGGCCUAUAAAGAUGAUCGGGAUAAUUUACUGGAUUUCCUUAAAACGCAUGCAGGUAUCAAUGUUAGAACCAUGCCAACAAAGAAAAUAACUUCGUCAGAAUUAUGGGAUUGAGCCAGAAUGAAAACGUGAAUCGGCGCUUAGCAAAACAUAUUUUUAAAUGUGUGAAGGCAAGAAAUGUGAAGCUUGAUGAUUACGUACGGUGACGUCACCUAAUCAUUCGAAACAAGAAAAAAAAUGCAGAGGGCAAAGUAAGAAAAACAUAUUAUUUGUGGAUUUACGCCGAUGUAAAUGUUUUAUAAGGUGCCAUGAAUAAAAUCUAUCUAUCU